AGAGAUUCAGGGUUUCGACUUAUAGACUGACCGCCAGAUCGAAGCUUCCGCAGUCAUUCUUCUCUGUUCUUAUGAUUUCACCUCGUCGUUCUUCUGUCCAAUCGAGCAAUGCCAUCUUUACUCAUGAAUUGCAUUUGGAAGAUCUCUGAAUUCGUUUUCUGAUCGCGGCAGAGGAUUAAGAGCUCUGAUGGGAGCCGUGCCUUCGACGCCGCGCAAGAACGCGCUGCCGCAGGACCCGGCGGAAUACCUAAUCGGUGCUUUCGUGGGUGACAAAUCUUUCCCCCUCUCCUCUGAUUUCUGGGAUGGAUUGCUCGAGCUGCCCAUCUCUCUCCAAUGGCCGCAUCAUCGAGUUCGCCAAGCUUGCGAGAUUUUCGCACAAAACAACAAUCAUACGAGGCACCUUGCAAAGAUUAUUAUUCAUCUAGUUCGUUGUUUGCAAGAGUCCAUGACAACUUCUGCUGGACCAUCACUCGUACAUAUGAAGGCUGUUCAUGCAGCAUAUCUAGCCUCUAUAUUUCUGAAGUACUUAAUUGAAAAUUUCAAAGAUAAUAGCUUUGAAGAACUCUAUCUAUCGCUUGAUGAAGGUGAAACAGUACCAGAAAAUUUCCCCGAGGAUCAAAACACAGCAAAUUUUGUAAUGCAUGGUGUGCUUAGCUUUAUUGGCAUGUCGGAUGUAAGUUCUCACACGUACCUUCUACACCAUGAACUGCUGAACUUUAUGCUUGUAGCCAUGUCUACUCAACUUUGUUAUGCUCCUUCUCUGGGGCCAAAAGUUGUGCAUCCAUUCCUUGAUGCAGCAAUCAUUCAGGAAACUUCUUUGGCUGGUUUGGUUGUUCACAAGCUACUACUUAAUUAUAUCACAUGUCCUUAUUUUCCCUUAAAUGGUGGAUCCUAUUCCAUUUUUUCUGGUGGAAGUCAGCUUGGUGUUCUACAAAAAGUUGGUUCUGCCGCUGCAAAUUUUGUACUAUUGCCAUUCAGUUAUUUUGUUAGUUCAAAUGGUGAAGGUUCAAGAAGCCCGUUGGCAGAAAGCAGUCUUGUUGUUUUACUUAUUCUUAUUCAUUAUAGAAAAUACAACAUGGUGGAUGAGUCCUUACUAGAUAAAAGUGAAGAUGAUGCUACUAUGGAUUCUCUUUUGAAAGAUAGUUCAUAUUUUUCUGAGAAUCCUUACUGCAAGGCCUUAGAAAAUGCUAGAGAUAUUGAGUUGGAUCAUAUGGAUGUUGAAGGUAAUGCACAUAAUGAGCCCUUUAUGAGGUUGCCUUUUGCCUCUCUAUUUGACACCCUUGGAUUGCACUUGGCUGAUGAGAGUUCUAUUCUACUGCUGUACUCAUUGGUGCACGGGAACUCGGAUUUUUUGGAAUAUGUCUUGGUCCGAACUGAUUUGGACACAUUGGUAAUGCCUAUUCUUGAAACACUUUAUUAUGCUUCAAGGAGGACAUCUAAUCAAAUCUACAUGCUGUUGAUUAUCCUUCUCAUACUAAGUCAGGAUUCAUCCUUCAAUGCUAGUAUUCACAAGCUGGUCCUGCCUAGUGUUCCCUGGUACCAAGAACGUCUCCUCCAUCACGUUUCUCUUGGUUCUUUGAUGGUUAUAAUACUAAUAAGGACUGUGAAGUAUAACCUAUCCAAGAUGCGGGAUGUUUACCUCCAUACGAAUUGUCUGGCAACUUUGGCAAACAUGGCUCCCCAUGUUCACCGGCUUAGUGCAUAUGCAUCGCAGAGACUGAUCAGCCUUUUCGAUAUGCUCUCACGCAAGUAUACCAAAUUAGCGGAGUUAAGAAAUGAUAAGAUGCUAAUGAAUAAGGCAAACUCAAUAGAUGGGGGUAACAUCACAGAAGAUGUAUCAACUGAGUUGCACAUCUAUACUGACUUCCUAAGAAUUGUACUGGAGAUCUUAAAUGCAAUCCUUUCUUAUUCACUGCCUCGGAACCCUGAGGUUGUAUAUGCAAUAAUGCAUCGUCAAGAGGUUUUCCAGCCAUACAAGAAUCAUCCACGCUUCAAUGAGCUGCUAGAAAACAUUUAUACUGUAUUAGAUUUCUUUAACAGUCGCAUGGAUGCCCAGAGUAUGGAUGGGGAAUGGUCUGUGGAGAAAGUCCUCCAAGUCAUAAUCAUCAAUUGCCGAUCUUGGCGAGGUGAAGGAAUAAAGAUGUUUAAUCAAUUGCGAUUCACCUAUGAGCAAGAAAAUCAUCCUGAGGAGUUCUUUAUUCCAUAUGUGUGGCAGCUGGUUCUAUCUCACAGCGGUUUCAAUUUUAACCCCAGUGCCAUAAAUUUGUUCCCUGUUGAUAUGCUCAUAGAGGAACAGGAGGCCCUCACAGUUGAGGAGACUGAAGGACCAAACUGGUGAGUCAAACGUGUAGAGAGAGGACAGUGCUUGAGGGUGCUGGCAGGCGGCAAGUCAUAAGGUGCUCAGUACAUGUGUAAAUACAUAUAGUAGGAAAUAUCCUCUAUUCUUUUCUGUUUAUAUGUUGAUACAGUUAAUGUGAAUCUGACACUGGUGAGGGUUCCAUAAAUGAAUUGAUAUAUCAUCAAUAUGCUGAAUAAGAGAUGUUGCUCAAAUGUUGCCUCA